CUUUUCCCGAGAGGCACCUGGCGGGGUGAGCAGUAUUAGGGGGUGACUGAGCUGGCUUCUGGUUUCUCCAUGGCCGGACCCGGGACCCAAAACCUGUACUUACGGCUCUGAUCCUGAGUUGCACAUUACUUCUUGGAGGCCCGGCUCUGUGGGCUCCUGGAACCCCCAGACCCUGCAUGGAACCAAGGGCCUCAAGUCCAGCCGCCACACCCCAGGUGGAGAGAAAAUUCCAUGUUCUCGUGGGUGUCACCGGCAGUGUGGCCGCUCUGAAGUUACCUCUUCUGGUGUCCCGGCUUUUGGAUAUUUCUGGAGCUGCUGCCUCAGGCCUCACUGCAGAAUGGCCAUGCCUGGCACCUUUUAUACCUGGGCACUUGGUGACUCAUCCCUCGCAGAGCCAUGGGGAAGUGAAACGGCUGCACCUGGCAGUGCCUGACCUUUGGGUGACAGCGGAAGUCCGCUGUGCAAACAUGCUGAGCUGGAAGUUACGGUGGUCACAACUGAGAGAGCCAAGCAUUUCUACAGCCCCCAGGACAUUCCUGUCACCCUCUACAGUGACACUGAUGAGUGGGAGAUGUGGAAGCGCCGCUCUGACCCAGUUCUACACAUUGACCUGCGGCGGUGGGCGGACCUCAUGGUGGUGGCGCCUCUGGAUGCCAACACUCUGGGGAAGGUGGCCAGUGGCAUCUGUGACAACUUGCUUCCAUGUGGGAGCACCCACUCACUGCCCAGCAGGUGGGCCAGCUGAAGGCCUUUGGCUACACCGAGGUUCCCUGUGUGGCCAAGAAGCUGGUGUGUGGAGACCAAGGAAUUGCUUUUGGAAACACCAUGGCUGGAGAUCACUGGAAUGGUGGCCCUGGAUAUUCUUUGGUGGGGAGCCCAGGUGCCACACAGAGGUGGCAGGACUCUCAGAUUUCCCACACACCAUGCGAUGGGAUUGAGCAUGCUGGAAAAUAAAGAAAAGUGA